AUGGGUGUUUUUACUUUUUCUUUCUUUUCUUUUUCUUUUCUUUUCUUUUCUUUCUUUCUUUCUUUCUUUCUUUCUUUCUUUCUUUCUUUGGUCUCUUUCUUUCUUUAUUUCUUUGGUCUCUUUCUUUCUUUUCUUUCUUUUGUCUCUUUCUUUCUUUUCUUUCUUUUGUCUCUUUCUUUCUUUUCUUUCUUUUGUCUCUUUCUUUCUUUUCUUUCUUUUGUCUCUUUCUUUCUUUUCUUUCUUUUGUCUCUUUCUUUCUUUUUGUCUUUUCUUUUUUUUUCUUUUGUCUCUUUCUUUUCUUUUGUCUUUUCUUUCUUUUUCUUUCUUUUGUCUCUUUCUUUCUUUUUCUUUCUUUCUUUUUUGUCUUUUCUUUCUUUUCUUUUUUUCUUUUCUUUCUUUUGUCUCUUUCUUUCUUUUCUUUCUUUUCUUUUUUUCUUUUUUCUUUCUUUUUUUUUCUUUCUUUUCUUUCUUUUCUCUCUUUCUUUUCUUUCUUUUGUCUCUUUCUUUUCUUUCUUUUGUCUCUUUCUUUUCUUUCUUUUGUCUCUUUCUUUCUUUUGUCUCUUUCUUUCUUUUGUCUCUUUCUUUCUUUUCUUUCUUUUGUCUCUUUUCUUUCUUUUGUCUCUUUCUUUCUUUUGUCUCUUUCUUUCUUUUGUCUCUUUCUUUCUUUUGUCUCUUUUCUUUCUUUUGUCUCUUUUCUUUCUUUUGUCUCUUUUCUUUCUUUAUUUCUUUUCUUUCUUUUCUUUCUUUUCUUUCUUUUCUUUUCUUUCUUUAUUUCUUUUCUUUCUUUAUUUCUUUUCUUUCUUUAUUUCUUUUCUUUCUUUAUUUUUUCUCUUUCUUUAUUUUGUCUCUUUCUUUAUUUUGUCUCUUUCUUUAUUUUGUCUCUUUCUUUAUUUUGUCUCUUUCUUUCUUUUGUCUCUUUCUUUAUUUUGUCUCUUUCUUUCUUUUCUUUUGUCUCUUUCUUUCUUUAUUUCUUUUCUUUCUUUAUUUUGUCUCUUUCUUUAUUUCUUUUGUCUCUUUCUUUCUUUUGACUCCUUCUUUCUUUGUUUCUUUCUUUUGACUUCUUUUAGUUCUUUCUUUCUUUCUUUUAGUUCUUUCUUUCUUUCUUGUAUCUCUUCCUGA